GCCAGAUUCGUUUCUGGUGCUCUGCCACUAAGUCAACGCCACGGUGCCAGGAACGAAUUUGAUCUGGAAUCUGCCCAGUUAGCCUCAUUACAACUGAGAUUUUCCUAAACUGGAGACUAAUAGGUCAAAGUGGAUAAAGUAGGGAUCCAAUGCAUGCCUGAAUGAGUGCAAGAUUGAAGCCUGCUAUUUGGUGUAUAUGGGGCUCUUGAUUAACAAAAUGUUUGGGACAGUAGUGGUUGGAGUUGGAAUUGCUGGCUUAGCACGAAUCCGAGACUUGAUGAAUCCGAUGCCUUCCAGCCCUUCUGAGCACCUGAAACUCUUUGGAUUUGUAUCCAGGAGGGAUUUUGGCAAUAUUAAUGAGGCCAAGCAGAUUAGCCUGGAAGAUGCUCUAAGAAACAAAGAGAUCCAUGCAGCCUUCAUCAGCACAGAGAACAGAAGCCAUGAAGAAACCAUCAGAAUGUUUUUAGAAGCUGGGAAACAUGUCCUUGUUGAGUACCCCAUGGCUUUGUCUGCUAAGGCGGCCCAUGAGCUCUGGGAGAUGGCUGAGCAGAAAGAUAAAGUACUCCAUGUGGAGCAUAUUGAACUUCUGACUGAAGAGUACAAGCAGCUGAAAAAAGAAGUGGCUGGGAAAGAACUGGUGAAGGGAACAUUGCAUUUCACAGGUAGUGUCCUCGAUGAAAACAAAACAGGAUUCCCAGCUUUCAGUGGAAUUGCCCGACUGACUUGGCUGAUUGACCUCUUUGGAGACCUCACUGUUACCUCUGCCACCAGAGUAAAGCAGAAAGAUAAGAAUUAUUCCAGAAUGACUGUUCACUUUCAGACGUCAAAUGAGAAACCUCUAACUUGGAUUGAAGAAAGGGGACCAGGAAUGAGACGUGAAAAGAAAAUCAACUUCUGUUUCACAAGUGGUUGCCUGGAGAACUUCCCUCAAGCCCCAAGGUCUGCAGUGGGCCUUUUCAUGCAGGAUCAGAACCUCUUUGCCAAAAAACUGCUGGGCCAGGUAUCCAAGGAGGAGCUGGCCGCUGAGAAAUGGCGAAUUUUGCGGUGUCUUGACCUUGCCGAGCUGAUCCAGCAGCACUGUGAACAGCCAGAGAAAAUCUGUUCCUGAGACUGCUUCCAGGGAAGGAGGAACAUGGCAGACAGGAAAGCUGCAGGGCUAGAGCUCACUGUUGCCAUCAAGCAGUUGCUUUUUCUGUUUCAUUACUUUCUUUUUGACUAGUUGUGAUUCCUAGGCUCUCCGGGUGGGAUGGAGAGUCUGGGGUAUACCCUGUGCCUUCUGAUUUGUGCCAGAACAAAGCAACAUUACUCUGCUCCGAUGCAUUGCCGUCCUUUCAGGCAGAUAGGAACCCAGCAGCAACAAGCUUUCCUAUGGUUCAGUUGGAAAUGUCCCUGAGAGCAGAUCCUGGAGGACUGCAAAUACUAGAUAUGAUUUUCCCUCCCGAGUUUUUUUUCCUCUCUAGAUACAUCUGAAAAUGAGAUGUGUCUCAUUUAGUAAUAUUGGUGUAAUAAUAUCUAGAAAGAAGUAUUGGCUAGAAUGAAGUUCUAGGUGAGUUUUCCACCUCUUUACUUGAUCUGCAGAACUUGACCUUUUCCUGAUGCCCCAAAAUGUUCCGUGUGCUCACUCUAAUUAGUUGUUGUGCCUGUUUAGGGUUUUUGGGUUUUUAUUUUAUUUUAUUUUUCACAUUGGAAACAAUCUACCUUCAAAUAGAAUCUAUACUGGUAUCAAACCAGAAGUAAUGUCUUGAUAGAUGCCAUGUCGAGUUCGCUCGAUUUCUCUGUGCCAACAUAGAAAUCUUUUUCCAGCAGAGAUUAGAACAGUACUUUAAACUAACGCUUCACCUGACUGCUUUCUACUGAAUCUAAAUUUUUUUUUU